CCUAUCUCUCUCACUUUUCGUUCCCACCCCACAACUCUUUCCUCUUCGUCUUCUAAGCAAAGUUAUCAACGUCGAAAAUGGCGAAGAAUGCGGCGACCGCGUCCGCGACGGUGACGUCGUCGUUGUCGCGGGGGACGUGGUGGAAGUGGCUGGGGUUCGUGACGGCGGUGUGGGUGCAGUGCGUGUCGGGGAACAACUACACGUUCUCGAACUACUCGGACGCGCUCAAGUCGCUGAUGGGGCUGACGCAGCUGCAGCUGAACAACCUGUCGGUGGCGAAGGACGUCGGCAAGGCGUUCGGCCUGCUCGCGGGGCUCGCCUCCGACCGCCUGCCCAUGCCCGCCAUACUCCUCAUCGGAUCCCUCGAAGGCCUCAUCGGUUACGGCGCCCAGUGGCUCGUCGUCCGCCGAGCCAUCGCGCCGCUCCCCUACUGGCAGAUGUGCGUGUUCUUGUGCAUGGGGGGGAACAGCUCGACGUGGAUGAACACGGCGGUGCUGGUCACGUGCAUACGCAACUUCCGGCGCAACCGCGGCCCGGUGUCGGGCAUCCUCAAGGGCUACGUCGGGCUCAGCACUGCCAUCUUCACCGACAUCUCCGCUGCCCUCUUUCCCGACAACCCCGCCGCCUUCCUCUUGCUCCUCGCCAUUGCCCCUGCCGCCAUCUGCGCCGCUGCCAUGCUCUUCCUACGCGAUUUUCCCCCCGCCGAUGGCGACAGCGGUCGCGAUGAGGAGGAGGAGGAGGAAGGGCGGUGCUUCGCAGCGAUCAACACCAUCGCGGUGGUGAUCGCGGUGUACCUCCUCGCCUUCGACCUCGCCCCUGGGGUGGUGAGAGGGGCCGGUGUUGCCGCCAUCUCCGCAUUCGUGGCCGUGCUUUUCCUGCUCCUGGCGGCGCCGGCGGCGGUGCCCGUCUACGUGGCGGUUAAGGCGAGAAUUGCACGGAAUCAGAGUAAGUUGGAUUUGGAAGAACGUUCGGAGCCACUCCUGCAUGCAGAGGAGGAGGAGGAGGAGGUGGAGAAGGAGAAGGAGGAGGUGGUGGCUGUAGCGGGAGACGAGGCGGUAGUAUUGGCGGUGGCGGCGGCAGCGGCGGCGGCGGCGGCGGCGGCAGAGGCAGAGGCAGAGGGGAAGAGGAGGGGGCCAAGGAUUGGCGAUGAGCACACGAUAGCGGAGGCGCUGAGUACGACGGAUUUCUGGGUGCUGUUCAUCUCGUUCCUAUGCGGCGUCGGGACGGGGCUGACGGUGAUGAACAAUAUGGGCCAGAUCGGCGCGGCGAUGGGCUACGCCGACGUCUCCGUCUUCAUAUCUUUGAUAAGCAUCUGGGGCUUCUUCGGCCGCAUCGGCUCGGGAACCCUCUCCGAGUACUUCCUCAAGAAGAACGCAAUUCCGCGGCCGUUAUGGAACGCAGCCUCGCAGAUCCUGAUGGCCGUCGGGUACGUCGUGAUGGCCCUGGCCCUGCCGGGCUCUCUAUACAUCGGCUCGGUCAUCGUCGGAGUAUGCUACGGCUUCCGCCUCGCCAUCACGGUCCCAGCUGCAUCCGAGCUCUUCGGCCUCAAGUACUACGGCCUCAUCUACAACAUCCUCAUCCUCAACCUCCCCCUCGGCUCCUUCCUCUUCUCCGGCCUCCUCGCGGGCCUCCUCUAUGACGCAGAGGCCACCAAGACGGCCGGCGGCGGCAACACAUGCGUCGGCGCCCACUGCUACCGCCUGGUGUUCUUCGUCAUGGCGUUCGCGUGCCUCGUCGGGUUCGGAUUGGACGUGCUCUUGACGGUCCGGACAAAGAAGGUGUAUCUGAGAAUCCACAUGAACAAGAAUUCAAAGAGGUCGGCGGCGGCGGCGGCGGCGGCGGCGGCGGGAGAUCAGACGGUUAAGAGCUAAUCUUGGUUUACGGCUUCUGUAACUACAUAUACUUUCUUCACCUGCAUGUGUUGAUUCUUGAAGGAUUUUUUCGUGUUACUUGAUAAGACACUAUUGAUGGAAUAAAUAAUAAUGCACAAGGCCAAGCUUCUUACAUUGCA